AUGUUCGUGAUUUGCUGUGAUAGUCUUCAUACAUGGAUGUCAUGAUGGCCCUAAAACUGGCAGACUUAGGGUAUUAAAUAACGAACCAAAGCUCUUUCAUGGCUUUAACUUUUAUUGUGGGUGACUUUGUAUCUGCUUACAAGCAAGAUCUUAUAAAUUUGGUAGUUGCAGCAGAAGGUAUAGUUUCGACUAUUAGUGAGGAACUACUAGGAUGUAAUACUCAUCAUGACCAGGCAGCAGCUCUAUCAAGUAGAGUUGUGGUGUAUAACCUUGAUCCCCCGGAGGGAUCUGAAUUAGAAGAAGUAGUUUCAAUUAUGUGGCAGAGAAUUAACGAAGCGCAAGAGUUGGCUACUAAAAUUGGAGGACAAGUCACUGGUCGCACAUGGCUUUUGGAAUCAAUUGCAGCGUAUAAAUUGAAACUUUUAGGACCAAGCCUUGUCUGCAGCUAAUAGGUUUAUGCUUGUCUAACUUGAAAACCCUGUCACUUCUUUGCUAAUUGAUUACAUAUAUCUACAUAUAUCCGUAGUUUAGAUUAGAAUAUUGUAUGAAUCCUUUGAAAUGGAUAAUGAAGCGAAAUUUUUUUG